AUGUCGAAUCCCACCACGCGGCGAGAGCGUCGGCUGUCGACCGGAGCUCCGAUUUCUGAUCUACAAGGCCCUGUAGGCCCGGGGUUCUCGAGACCGAAGCAUAAGCGUACAUUUACUGGGUUUGGCGCGGGGGAGAUCAAGAGUGUUGAAGCCUCGAUCCCAGAAGCCCAACGAGCAGCAUGGAAGAAAUUCCAACCCAAAGAGUUCGCGACCCCGGAGGAGUUCGAGAGCGAGGUGGUGCGCCAUGUCGAGACGACGCUGGCGAGGAGCAUGUUCAACUGCGAUGAGACCGCUGCGUAUGCCGCUACGAGUUUGGCCCUGCGGGACCGGCUGAUCAUGGAGUGGAAUCAGACGCAGCAGCGCCAUACUUUUGCGGAUAAUAAGAGGAUCUAUUAUCUGAGUUUGGAGUUCUUGAUGGGGAGGGCGCUGGAUAAUGCGAUGCUGAAUGUGGGGAAGAAGGAGGUUGCGAAAGAGGGCCUUUUGGAUCUCGGGUUCCGUAUCGAGGAUAUUAUUUCUCAGGAACAUGACGCUGCACUGGGGAAUGGUGGUCUUGGUCGAUUAGCUGCAUGCUUUUUGGAUUCAAUGGCGUCGCUGAACUACCCAGCUUGGGGCUAUGGGCUGAGAUAUCGAUAUGGUAUCUUUAAGCAAGAAAUCGUGGACGGUUAUCAGGUUGAAGUCCCGGACUAUUGGCUUGAUUUCAAUCCAUGGGAGUUUCCCAGACAUGAUAUCGUCGUGGAUAUUCAAUUUUUCGGCCACGUCAGGAAAUACGAAGAUGAUGAUGGAAAGCCAAUUUCGGUUUGGGAAGGCGGUGAAAUCGUCAAGGCCGUUGCCUACGAUGUCCCCAUCCCUGGGUUCAAGACAGCUACAACCAAUAACUUGCGACUCUGGUCCAGCAAAGCGGCAAGCGGCGAGUUUGACUUCCAAAAGUUCAACAGCGGUGACUAUGAGAGCGCCGUGGCAGAAACGCAGCGAGCUGAAACCAUCAGCGCGGUCCUCUAUCCGAAUGAUAAUCUUGAGCGUGGUAAGGAGCUUAGGCUGAAGCAGCAAUACUUCUGGGUUGCAGCUUCGCUGUAUGAUAUCGUCCGUCGUUUCAAGAAGUCCAAACGCCCCUGGAAUGAGUUUCCUGACCAGGUUGCCAUUCAAUUGAAUGAUACUCAUCCGACAUUGGCGAUUGUUGAACUACAGCGGAUUCUUAUUGACCUAGAAAAGCUCGAGUGGGAUGAGGCUUGGAGUAUUGUUACCAAGACUUUUGGAUACACAAAUCACACUGUUCUCCCGGAGGCACUAGAGAAGUGGUCUGUUCCUUUGAUGCAAAAUCUCUUGCCCAGGCACCUUUUGAUUAUCUAUGAAAUCAAUCUGUAUUUCCUGCAGUCCGUGGAACGUAAAUUCCCCAAAGAUCGUGAUCUCCUGGGUAGAGUCUCAAUUAUCGAGGAAUCUCAGCCAAAGAUGGUUCGUAUGGCGUUCCUAGCGAUUGUCGGUUCGCACAAGGUCAACGGUGUGGCGGAACUCCAUUCCGACUUGAUCAAGAGCACCAUCUUCAAGGACUUUGUGAAGGUUUUCGGGCCGGACAAGUUCACCAAUGUCACCAAUGGAAUCACCCCAAGACGGUGGUUGCAUCAAGCAAAUCCAAGAUUAUCAGAGUUGAUUGCCAGCAAGACGGGCGGUCUUGGGUACUUGAAGGACCUCAACAUCCUCAAUGAGCUCGAGAAAUAUGCCGACGAUAAGGAAUUUAAAAAGGAGUGGGCAGAGAUCAAAUACGCCAACAAAGUCCGCCUUGCGAAACACAUCAAGGAAACGACAGGUGUCACGGUGAACCCUGCGGCUCUAUUUGACAUCCAGGUCAAACGUAUACACGAGUACAAGCGUCAACAGAUGAACAUCUUCGGUGUUAUCCACCGAUAUCUGACAAUUAAAGCCAUGACACCAGAAGAAAAAAAGAAGCUUGCUCCACGAGUUUCCAUCUUCGGCGGCAAGGCAGCGCCGGGAUACUGGAUGGCAAAGACCAUUAUCCAUCUCAUCAACAGCGUGGGUGCUGUCGUUAACAAUGAUAAAGAUGUUGGUGAUCUCCUGAAGGUUAUCUUCGUCGAAGACUACAAUGUCUCCAAGGCCGAGAUCAUCGUCCCGGCCAGUGAUAUCAGUGAGCAUAUCUCGACUGCUGGUACAGAGGCCAGUGGCACCUCCAACAUGAAGUUCGUGCUGAACGGAGGUCUGAUCAUCGGUACUUGCGAUGGUGCCAAUAUUGAAAUAACCCGCGAAAUCGGCGAGAGCAACAUCUUCCUCUUCGGCAACCUUGCUGAGGAAGUCGAGGACCUCCGCCACACACACAACUAUGGGGAGCAUAUCAUAGACCCAGCGCUGCUCCAGGUCUUUGCGGAGAUUCGCAAGAACACGUUCGGAGACGCCGAGUCCUUCACCGCCCUGGUCUCGGCCAUCGAAGACCACGGUGACUACUACCUUGUCUCGGAUGACUUCAACAGCUAUAUCCAGACGCAAGCAUUAGUCGAUGAGGCGUACAAGAACCAGGAUGAGUGGAUCACGAAGACGAUUCUGAGCGUGGCGCGCAUGGGGUUCUUCAGCAGCGAUCGGUGCAUUAAUGAGUAUGCGGAGAGCAUUUGGAAUACGGAGCCGUUGAAUCCAGAGGAGGACAAGUCGAAGAAGCUUUAG